UGAAAAUCACAUGAUAAAGUGACACACGAGAAAAUCACAUGAGAAAAUCACAUGAUACGUAUAUUUUCGAAGAAAUCUGAAUGCAGAAAACUGCAUGCGUUCAAUUUUUUUACUUAAUUACAUUUGCUUCGCUACUGUUUAUUUAGAAAUUGAAUGCACGACAAAGGAAUAUUAAUCUUCUAAUUAAAAAUAGUAGAGUAACCGGUCGUAACCACUUUUUCAAGAAUAUUUAUUUUACGACGUUCAUUUCAUAUUCGAAUUUCAAACAGAAAAUAUUGCAAUCAUCAUAAAACUUUGCAGAAAAAGAAUGAAGAAAACUUUGGACUCUUAUUUAUCUUCUUGGUUUUCUCGAAUUGGCAACGUUGUCGGUGAAUAUCCACAACAUUGUAUCGCUGGCACUUUAUUAAUGACAUUGAUUUUUGGGUCUGGGUUUCUCAAGUUUACUAUGAUUAAUGAUAUGGAAUAUCUGUACGUUCCGAGAAACGGAAGAGUUUUGGAAGAUAAAAAGUCCAUCGAGUCUCUGUUUCCCAACCGCAUCUUGAACCAAUAUUAUGAAACUCGGCAUUCCAUUUAUAAAAAUUUAAUUCUGGUCAUUGUCUCGGUGAAGAACAAUGGAUCCAUGAUGGACAUCUCUUCGUUACAAGAUGUAAUCCAGAUGGAUUCCAUCGUCAGCAACAUCAGCAUCUUUUGGAAAAAGAAGUUCUUUUAUUACCGAGAUAUUUGUGUGAAGAAUAAUCGUAACCAAUGCUCGGAAAAUUUCGUUUCUUCCUUGAAAUACAUGAUACAAAAUCCUGGAAAAGUUUCUAUGAGAUAUCCAAUAGAUAGAGCACAUUUCGAUGCGAAAAUACACGCUUUGAACAUAGGUGGAGUAACAGUUAAUGACACUGGAUACAUCACAGACUUCAAAGCCGUUCGCCUCUUCUAUUUCAUGAAUUUCGGAACGGAAGAAAAGAAGCAAAUAGCUUUGAAGUGGGAAGAAGCAUUUCUGAAUUUAAUGAGUGGAAUGGAAUUUCGCCACAUCAACGUUUUCUUCUGGACUUUUCGCGGUGCCAAUGUCGAAGCUAACAGAAACACGGAACUAAGCAUUACGCUCGCAUUUAUAGUUGGACCAAUAAUAAUUUUUUUCUCGAUGGCAAGUUGUAUGACGUUCGACAUCGUUAGCAGUAAGCCGUGGAUUGGAUUAGCGGGAUGUUCUAGUCCCGCUUUAGCACUUAUAGCAUCGUUUGGUUUGCUACUACAUUGCGGAAUAGAGUAUAGCGAUGUCAAUACGACGUUGCUUUUCCUUUUGAUAGGUAUUGGCCUAGACGAUUCCUUUAUUUUGUUGUCUGCUUGGAGGCGUACGAACUCAAAAGAUAGCGUAGUGAACAGGAUGAACCAUACUUUUUCCGAAGCGGGAAUAUCCAUCACCAUUACUUCCUUGACUAAUGUUGCUUCGUUUUGUGUUGGAAUAACUUCACCUUAUAGAGCCGUUCGUAUUUUCUGCACCUACGGCGCUUUGUCUGUAUUUUUCGAUUUAGUGUAUCAAAUAUUUUUCUUCGGAAGUCUCUUGGCACUCGAUGGCUACAGAGAAAAACAUCGUCUUAAUCCCUUUCUCUGUUACACAGUCAAGGAAAAAUGCUAUGAAAACGAAACGUCCGAGAUCAGAAAAGACGAAAUGGAUUCGAAAAGGUUUGACAAAGCCAUGAAGUUCCUCUCUGAAAAACUCGGAAAUCUCUUCUGUAGAAAAUUAGUCAAAAUUCUGAUCAUAUUCUUGUUCCUAUGCAAUAUUGCAGCAAGCAUUUACAGCAUGAAAGACAUUAAACAGGGCUUGAAUUUGAGAGACGUGUUACCGUUUUCUUCUUACAUUAGAAAAUUCGUUGAUAAUUACUACUUAUAUUUUUCAGAUUAUCCACACGCAAUACAAAUAGUUAUUAACCAAGCUCUAGAUUAUUCAAAUCCCAUUGUACAAGAAGAAGUAGAGAAUAUUUUAACAACGUUUGAGAAUUCUCCUUACAUCAGUGGACGCGAACACUCUUUAUGUUGGAUACGAGAAUAUCUUUCUUUCAUUCGUAACAACGAUAUAAAUUAUUUGAUGAAUGAUUUUAACACAACAAAUUCUACGGGUUUCAUACAAGGAUUGAAACAGGUAUUUCUCAGACUUAAACCGGCUGUUCAAUUCCAGAAAGACAUAUCAUGGAAUAGACAGAGAGACAAAAUUGUUGCUUCUAGAUGUUUCUUUUUGUCCAAAAGUGUCAGAACAGGAACAGACGAGAAAUUAUUAUUAGAAAGUUUGCGUCAGAUUGCGGAUCGUAGCAAAUAUCGCAUAAUCGUAUACAACAUAUUAUUUGUUUCUUACGAGCAAUCAUUGAACCUGCCGGUUAUCUGUUUGCAAAGCGUUGGUAUCUCGGUGCUUGUAGUGAGCUUGAUAUUUUUUGUGCUGAUAUAAGAUAUUUUUUGCACCGUUUGCGUGUCAUUAAACAUCGUUUGUAUUCUUGUAGAGACGAUGGGUUAUAUGAACUGGUGGAAUGUCAACUUAGACUUGAUGUCAAUCAUGAUUUUAAUGAUGAGUGCGGGAUUAUGUAUCGAUUUUUCGGCUCACGUGGCUUACGCGUAUAAGUGUUGUCAGAAAGAAUCAUUAGAAGAAAAACUUAAAUAUACUUUGUACGCUACGGGAUAUCCGGUAAUACAAGGUUGCGUAUCUACCAUUUUAGGUGUUGUAGUUUUGAGAUUCGGACCUUCCUAUACUUUUGUGUUAUUUUUCAAAAUUAUCUUUUUGAAUAUGAUUUUUUCUGCUCUUAACGGACUGCUUCUGUUACCGGUGAUGCUGAGUAUAGGAGAUUCAAUUGUUUUUCCUUGGAAAAAAAAGAUUGUUAUCGAGUCUGCCCUUUAACCUGAUUCCCGUGAAAAAGUUUAAGAUUCCUUUAUUUUAUAAACUACUACAAGCAGCCGUUUGUUUCAGAGUAGUUUAUACAAAAUCUAAAAAUGUUGUUUAUAAUUAUAAUUAGUCGUGAUUAUUAUUGUUUAUGGCAUCGAACGUAUGAUGCAAUUUAACGUAUCAUUGCAUAUUUUAUUCGGAACUUCGAUUAUAUAAAGUAGUAGUUAAGUCGAUUACUAAUUUACGAUUUAUGACAAUACUAUUUAUAGAAAUUUUACCUAGUAAUGAUAUAUGUGAUCUUAUAUAAUACAGUAGAACCUCGAUUAUCCGGACUAAUUGGGGAUGAAGGUAGUCCGGAUAAGAAAAAGUCCGGAUAAUCGAAACAAAUACUUUAAUUUGUCUUUUAACGAUAA